AUGGCGCGGGAGAUGGUAUCUUGGGAGAGAGGAAGGGAGAGGAACAGAGAUUAUAUAAGUAGUGAGAUCCUCCGGAGUAAAGAUAUCUUGUGGUUUGCUCCGAAAACCGCCGAGGUAAAAGGAAUAGAUCAGUGGAUGGAUGGAUGGAUCCAGUUAUUUGCUCAUGAGGGUCCUCAAUCCCUCCUCUUAGCCGAGGAUUAUGUCCGUGUUGUAUUGAUUGUGAUGAAACUGCCUCACUUGUACGGAGCAGAGUGGAGAGAUAUAAACAAUAAAGUACCAGGAACCGAGUACUCCAAGAGAAAAGGCAAGUCUGAAGAGAAAAGGAUGGAAGAAAAAAAUUACUACCACUACGACUCAGGUACACCUACCACUCUACUAAGCAAUAAAUAG